AGCAUUUAGUCUCUUGUUCGGUUUUAAGCGUCUGUAGGAACAUCAUUGGAUUAUGCUUCGCUUGUUCCUUAAUUGGCAAGAGAAUAAGCCACAAGAAAGAAUGGUCACAAACUCCUGUUUUUCUUGCAAUACAAUCCUUUAGGAUUUUUUUUUCAAAGUCUGAUUUCUUUCAAGUUUUCUCUUUAACUGCAUAAUGGGUAAGAUCAUCAAGAAGGGAACUAAGGGUGCCGCCGCCAACUACAUCACUAGACAACAAGCUUUAAAUAAGCUCCAGAUCUCCCUUGCUGACUUUAGGGUAUUUACCCUCGUGAACCCAAAACAAAAGAAGGCCAACAAGGGCAGUACAGCACCUUCCACCUUUUAUUAUGUCAAGGAUAUCAAAUAUUUGCUUCACGAACCACUUUUAGUUAAGUUCCGUGAAUACAAGGCAUUCGCCAAGAAGCUCAACAAAGUGCUUCACAAAGGUGAAUUCUCUGCAGCCAAGUCAUUAGAGGAAAACAACAAACCUGUCUAUACCUUGGAUCACAUUGUUAAAGAAAGAUAUCCUUCUUUUAUUGAUGCACUUCGUGAUUUGGAUGAUGCAUUAUCCAUGCUCUUUUUGUUCUCCAAACUUCCUGCUGACAACAAAAUCAAGGCUGAUGCUGUUGCUGAUUGUCAAAAGCUUAUUUCUGAAUUCCAAGCUUAUGUCAUGAAGUCAAAGAGUCUUCGCAAAGUUUUCUUUUCUAUCAAGGGUAUCUAUUAUCAAGCUGAAAUUAAGGGUCAAACCAUCACUUGGGUUGUUCCUUACCAAUUCUCUCAAGAUAUCCCUACAGACGUUGAUUUCCGUGUCAUGUUGACCUUUUUGGAAUUCUACCGUACACUUGUUGGCUUUGUGAACUUUAAGUUAUACAAUGAAAUGAACAUGAUUUAUCCUCCCAAGUUGGACGAAACAGGCGGUUUCCAUUUGGACGAAAUGAUGAAAUCCACUGCUGCUGCCAAAAACAAUGACGACGAGGAAGAAGAAGCCACCAACGUCGAUGAAUUCAAAUCAGCUGCUCCUGAAGAAGACAACACAGUGACACUUGCCAAGAUCCAAGCUGCCACACACGCCACAUCCGACUUGCAAAACUUGUUUAAAGACCAAAAGUUCUAUUUGUCCCGUGAAACACCUCGUUACGCUCUUGAGUUUAUGAUUCGAUCAUGCGGUGGUGAAGUGAGUUGGGAUCCCUCUGUUGGUCUCAACCCUCCUUUCCCCGAAUCUGAUGAAUCCAUCACGUAUCAAAUCACAGAUCGCCCUGUUGUCAGAAACCGUGUCUUGUCUCGUACAUAUGUUCAACCUCAAUGGGUUGCAGACUGUAUCAAUGCUCGUAAGAUUGUGAAGCCCAGUCUUUAUGAACCUGGUGCUGUCUUGCCUCCUCACUUAUCUCCCUUCGUUGAAGCUAAGGAAGGUGACUAUGUUCCUCACAACAAUGUAGAAAGUGAUGAGGAUGAAGAAGUAGAGGAAAUGGUCGAGAAAGAAGAAGAAGAAGUGAAGAAGCCAAAGAAACGCACAGCUGCCGAAAUUGAAGAAGAAGAACAGAAAGAAAUGGCUACAGUCAUGAUGACAAAUAAACAAAGAAAGCUGUAUGCAAAGAUGCAACACGGUAUCAAACAAAAGGCAGACGAAGUUGCCAAAUUGGAAAAGAAAAAGAAGGCUUUGAAGAAGUCAAAGAAAUAAUCCUCACUAUUUUUGUAUCAUUCAUCUCUCAUUCAUCAAUCUCACACAUAUUAAUAGAAUAAAAAAAAAUUGUUUAAUCCCAG